AUGGAGUGGAACGAAAUAUACUAUUAUAAUCGUGCGCCCCAGAAGAAGCUAUUGAAAACCACCCGUUCUCCAGUGUGUACAAUGGUGGAAUGCAGGGAGAUCCUGAAGAAUGCAUUAAUCGCUGGGUGCCCGUUCCAAGUGCUUGUGUCCCACGCUGAACCGCUAUUUCGAUAUGCAGCUGGACGCAUGCAGGCGGGUGGUACUGAGCCAGCGCUGAACGCAGUAAUUCCCGUUGUCGACAUUUUGUACUGUGCGGCAAAACUGUUUGGGGCUAACAGUCAGAAGGAAAGUUGGUGGCCUGCGCUUACACAUCACAUAGAAGGGGCCAGGAACGGCAACAGCGAGGCGAACAGCAGCAGCAGCUGCAGCAGCAGCAGCAACACGAGGAGCAGCCUUUCAAGCACCAGUAAACCACAUGCAGCAGCAGAGGAGUACCAUUCCCUUGUAUCCGCACAGCAGCAGCAGUUGGAUGGCACGGGAGGUGCGGCCACUGCACAGCGAGAAGCGUCCGCAAAGGGACAGGAAACGCGAGCUACAGGAGAGAUGGCGCAGCCCUACCACAUUCAACAUGGCCACCAGCUCACGGGGGCGUGCGUUUUUUUGCCAACAGAGGAGCAGAUGUAG